CCUUACUUAGAAACUAGUUCUUUUCUAUAUUAAUUAGUAGCCAGCAGGAAUAAUACUCUGCAUUUUGUGAAAUUGAAUCUGAUUUCAUAACAAAACCACACAAAUAAUAAAGACCUACCAACAAUGAAGUUGUUGAUAAUUUCAAGGCAUGAAUAUUAUUUGAUUUCUAAAUACAAGUGGAAAUCGAUUUUGAAUAACUUGACAUGAAGGCAGAAUAACCCAUAGUACCUUUUGUGCCAUUGCCUACUCUGGUAUAUUACAUCAUAGAAACACGCAAUGUUUCCAUUCUCCGUGUGUAAACCCCAAUGAAUUCGCAGCUUGGUCUAAUUAGACGCCUUACUUGACAAAAUCUGAAAAUGCUUGAAUGUAAAUCAGCUCCUCUCAACCAAUAUUUGAAAUUUUUCAAAAUGGUUACUAACUUCUGAAUGUUUUAGAGGUAUAAAAAGAUUCUUGUAUGUCUACAUUUUGCAAUUUCUUUCGGUACAGAUCCAACAACUACACGAUGUUGCCAAAACAAUUUCUAGAAAGAUUGCUUGUCCUUGCUACUUUUGUUUAUGCGACAAAUGCCUGCAUUAUCACGGGAUUCAAAGUUGACAGAAGUCAGGUUAAUUUAGCUGUUGGUGAUAUUACUGUCGAGGCAAAUUCUUAUUGGUCAAUCCUUGGUAAUUCUGCAUCGUCACUCAAUGGUGCGCUUUGGGUCAAGAAAAGUGCUGGAUUUUAUAUAGCUGGUACAGACAAAAUUGACAGUUUAUCAGUCACACUCCCUUCGGGCAGUCAUUCUAUAAACAAUGAAGGUACUAUUGUUUUCAACUCCAUUUCUUGCAAACUGACAACCAAAUAUCAACUUAGUGGUACUUCUUUCUGUAACUCAGGUGAAAUGUAUUUGGCAGGCAAUGGGGCAAGUGGAAGCUUAACCUCAAUUACGUCAAAUUCUUGGACAAACUCUGGAUUAUUGCUGUUUCAUCAAAAGAAGAGAACUAAUUCGUGUGUCUCCCUUGGUCAACCACUGGGAACAAUUCAUAACAGUGGUCAAAUCUGUUUGCAUAAUCAUUUGUUCCAACAACAAGGUAAUAUUGUUGGUGGUGGGUGUCUCACUGCAAAUGAGAAUUCUUCUAUUUUCUUAUCUAAUUGCAAUCUGAAUAUCGACUCAACGCAUUCGUUCUACUUAGCCGAUUGCAAAUCCUCUAUGAGAGCAAAGGCAAGUUCCAAAUCAAAAACCUUCAACGUGUACGGGUUUGGUGGUGGAAACAUGAUUGGGUUGGAUCUUCCUCUUCUUUCCGGUGUUAACGGUUGGUGCUACAACGCAGUCAGCGGUAUUUUGACCCUUAAAGCGAAAGGAAACCUUUCGCAAAAUUUCUCAAUUGGUUGUGGUUACGACAAGAAUAAGUUUCAAAUCACUAGUGACUGUAGUGUUGGCUUAUCAAGUGUUCUGAACGGUGCGUUGAAAUAUAAUGGUCCGUGCCCAAAGAGGAAACUUCCAGCUGUAUGUAAACCAUGCAAGCCAAUACCAUCUUGUCCUCAAGGUACUACAACAAAAACUACUACGAAAUCUUCCUCUACUGGUGCCUCUACUCCAAAUCCACAAACUACCGUCACCUCUACUUGGACUGGCUUCUACACAACUGUAGUUACCGAAACUGCUACUCCUGGCGGAACUGAUACAGUUAUAGUUGAAGUUCCAUCUUCUCCAAAUCCACAAACUACCGUCACCUCU